AUGCGUGCCCACUUUGUCUCUGUUGCCUGGGCUGUAUUUGCCGUCUUCUCUCAACAGGCUUAUGCUUGCACAAAUCCAGGAACACAAGACUGCCCUCAAAAUUGCGGAGGAUUCGCAGAUAACAUUUGCCACCUUCCAGGAGGUUAUUGCAAAUGCGAGCCUUACUAG